AUGGUGGCCAUCACGUUGGACGUCCUCUACCAGGCCAAGGGCGUGCGCAAGACCAUGAAGUUCGAGCCCAGCAACCUCGUGCAGGACGUGGUCCGCAUCUCCAAGGAGAAGGUCGGAGCUCCCGGAACUGGUAAGGUUGAGGGGGUUUAGGGGUCUUACGAUAAACUUUGAUAUUUGCGGCGUAUUUUACAAACCAAACAACGUUGAAAAAGUCGAUGGAAUCAUGUUUUUUGUAAUUUUUUUGAAAUUUCCCCUAAAACAAGACAAAAUUUGAUGAUUUCAUAUAUUAAUCAAUGAAAUUAGUGUGGUAUGGUGUUUAUAGACCCUCGAAAUUUAUUUUCCGCCAUAUUAAACUAAACAAUACCAUAUGAAAAUAAUUAUAGACUCUACAUUUUGAAAAAAACUUGAUUUCCCCCUUGUUUAGCCUAAAAUAAGGUAAAUUUUGAUGAUUAUUGAUGUUUUUAUGCCGCAAAAAAUUUCAUAUAUCAUUUUCAAGCCGUACGCAGCAUAAUAAUGACAGUUGUUGCCCAUGCAAUCGAAAAAAAAUUUUUUUUUGAUUUUUUGAAAAUUUCAAAAAUUUUUUUGUUUUUUGAUGUCUUCAUCAUUUUUUAAUUGGAAAAUGAAUAAAAUGAAAUUUUUAUUACAAUAUUAUUUUAUUUUACAUCAUUUUCUAUUGCUUUCACUUCAUAAAUUCUUCAAAUUCAAUCAAAAUUUACCUUAUUUUAAGUACUUUUUACCUUGUAUAAGAUGAAAAAUCCCUUUUUUGAUGUUCAAAUAAUCUUUUUUUGGCAUUUUCAGCACAUGACUACGGUCUAAUUCGCCUCGACGAUGAUCCAUCCAAGUCCUAUUGGCUGGAGGGCAGUAAACAACUCGAUUAUUAUUUGUUGCGCAAUGGUGUAAGUCAAUGUUUUUACUGCAAAAAUGACCAAAAAAUCUCAAAAAAAUAUUGUUUUUUUACGAUUACUAAGUACUACCAGGAAUUUUGAAGCUCCAGUUUUCGAUCAAUCUUUUGUUUUUCUUUGGGUUUGGCACAAAAAGAAGCCAGGUUUGUAAUGAAACAGCUGUUAUGAGACAAAUGCCUCCAAUGAAUUUUCGGUCUCUGCCAUUGUACGGAACAGAUUUAUUACACCCUCUUAUUAACUUUGACGGAUUUAGAGGGCACUUUUAAAAGAGGAUUUGGAGUUUUGA